CCCCAAGUGCCGCCCCGCCCCUCCCACUUCUGCCAGGAGAAAGGGACUUGAAACCCAUCAACAAAUUUUAUGACGAACUGGCAUUUUUGACUAAAGGCGUCUCAUUUUACUGCCCUUUCAUCAGUAUGUAACCCAGGGCUAAUUAUUCGGUGGUAGUUUUCUGUGCCAAGCUACGAUUUCCAUAUACGGCAACUUAACUUUAUGUUUAGUCCUCCCUCCUUGAGCUCUACCUUGUUGAAGGCCAGGCCAGAGAAGAAGAGGGAUGUGUGACCAGCUCUAACAGAGAGGGGGUAAAAGCAAGAAAGAGGCUUCCUAUCACAUGUUGCAGCUCAGGAACAGGGGCCUAGAGAAGGAAACCCGGAUUACAAGUACUGUCAUGAUGUUGGAGACAGAGGGGAAAGAAGCUCAGGCUGCAGAGAGUAACAAGGGAGAAGUCACAGCAGGACACAUGUCCAGUAAUACUCAACAGGUACAAGGUGGAGCAUCUGUGUCUCCGCCUGUGGCGUCCAUACAGCCUCCUGCCCCCACAGCAACCGAGGAUGACGAUGAGAGCGAAGACGAAUCGGAGAUCCUGGAAGAAAGUCCCUGUGGCCGCUGGCAGAAACGCAGAGAGGAGGUGAAUCAGCGUAAUGUCCCUGGGAUAGAUGCUGCGUACUUGGCUAUGGACACAGAGGAAGGAGUGGAGGUAGUUUGGAAUGAAGUCAUGAUCUCAGAGAGGAAGAACUUCAAACUGCUCGAGGAGAAAGUGAAGGCUGUAUUUGAUAACCUGAUCCAUUUGGAACAUGCAAAUAUUGUCAAGUUUCACAAGUACUGGGCUGACACAAAGGAGAACCGGGCCAGGGUGAUUUUCAUCACAGAAUAUAUGUCAUCAGGAAGCUUGAAGCAGUUUCUGAAGAAGACAAAAAAGAACCACAAGAGCAUGAAUGAAAAGGCUUGGAAGAGAUGGUGCACACAGAUCCUGUCUGCUCUCAGUUAUCUCCAUUCAUGUGACCCACCAAUCAUCCAUGGCAACCUGACCUGUGACACAAUCUUCAUUCAGCACAACGGGCUCAUCAAGAUUGGAUCAGUUGCUCCGGACACCAUUAACAACCAUGUGAAGACUUGUCAUGAGGAACAGAAGAACAUGCACUUCUUUGCCCCAGAAUAUGGAGCUGUUGAUGAUGUCACCACGGCUGUAGACAUCUACUCAUUUGGCAUGUGUGCCUUAGAGAUGGCGCUCUUGGAGAUCCAGGGGAAUGGAGAGUCCUCUAAUGUUUCUCAGGAGGCCAUAAACAAUGCUAUACAGUUACUGGAGGACCCACUGCAGAGGGAGUUAAUCCAGAAGUGCCUCGAGUGUGAUCCCAGUAAAAGGCCUACAGCCAGAGAGCUGCUAUUUAACCAGGCUCUGUUUGAAGUACCACUGCUAAAACUGCUGGCCGCACAUAGUAUUGUCAGCCACCAACAUAUGAUCCCUGAAAAUGCCCUAGAGGAGAUGACCAAGAACCUGGACCCCAACCUGGUCAUCGCUGAGACAAAAGAGGAUGUUCAGCUCAAGCUUUCCCAGUUUCCUGCUUUGGAGCUUGAUAAAUUCCUGGAGGAUGUGAGGAACGGUAUUUAUCCAAUGACAGCAUUUGGGCUGCCCUGUCCCCAGCAGCCUCAACGGGACACUGUUCAAUCUCCUGUCGUCAUUCCCUUGGUCAAAUCCCCCACCCCUGAGCCUGCAGAGCUCGAGACACGGCAGGUCAUUCAUAUGCAGUGUAAUGUUGAACCUGUUGAGGGGGGAACAAAGUUUCAUCUAACAUUGCUGCUGAAACUGGAGGAUAAACUGAAUAGACAUCUAAGCUGUGACAUGUUACCUCAUGAAAAUGUUCAAGAGUUGGCUGGAGAGUUGGUGCAGCUGGGCUUAAUCAGUGAGUUGGACCAAAACAAAAUAGCUUGUCUACUAGAAGAAACAUUCAGCCAAGCUCUUCACUAGCAAGGGUUUCCUCAACCAUGUCUCCAAAGUACACUAUCUCAACCCUGUUACACAUUUUGUUUUGAUUACCUGAUUACCCAACACAGUGACUGUAUAUAGUGUUCUGUUUUUGUUUUUUGUUUUUUGUUUUUUUGUUAUUUGGUUUUUGUUUUUUUUUUAAUACUAAACCAUAGGCAGCAAUGUGACCAAAAGUAUAGUUAUUUCCUUGAAAUCAGGGAUUAAAACUUCCUAUACACACACACACACACACACACACACACACACACACACACACACACACACACGCAUGCAUGCAUGGAAUUCUUUUGAAUGAAUUGGCUAUUAAGUUUGAUUAAAACAUGAACCUCAUUAAUGCAGCAAGAGACACUUGAUCUGAAUAGAUUACUUGCAACUUUACAAUGAAACCCAGUUGUAAGCACAAGCACACAGUUGUAUUUUAGUGUGAGGUGUUUACAUUAUGAAUUGCAUGGCCAGUCUGUGCCCUGGGAUGAAACCGUCUGAGACAUCAUCAAAGACUGAUUCGGGUCUUCACUGGAGUCACACCACAUACUAACUCAUCUCUCUCAACUGUAGGACUACAUGUUGGACCUACACCUUUUGAUCACCAGUAAAACUAUAACUCCCCUAGAGAGAGAGGGAUACAUUUCUACCCAUUGAAAAUUUUACAAAAUAAGCCAACCCCUUUUUUUCAACCAUUCUCAUUUCACGUGGUUUCCCCUUUCAUUUGGCUCCUAUUUUGUAUUGCCUCAUACAACACAACAAUCCCAGCUCUUUGACGUUUGUGAUAGGUUUUACCAAAUUUAUCACCUCUCAGAUUAAAUAUAUAGAAUAAUUUGAAAACUGGAUUGCAAAGAUGGAACAUUCUCAUUUAUUUUUUUAAUAAAUAAAUACCCAUAUUUAGUGUUUUUAAUAAAACUUUGAUACAGAACAAAAUAUAUGUGCAUUACUGCAUAUCACAUUUUGGCUGGGCAUCUUCCAGUUCUCUCUGGAAGACUUUGAGGUACUGUGAACUCAGUGUUACUGAAUUUCCAUAUGGGUGUUUGUUUUUAUAUUUCACUCUACUUUUUGCCUGAAUGUUUGUUUUUAUUAUUUUAUUAAUUGUUUUACCAUUUGCUGCUUGUUGGGUUCACACAUGCUACUCUGCCUUUAAAAUUCAUUCAUGUGAGACGUGUGGUGAACUCGGCUGCCAUAUGCUGUAGAAAGAGGACCUAGCCUUUUUCUGAUACAUCUGUGAGAGAGUUUCAUAUGUUUUAUUUAUGUUCCAGAUACUGUAUAUCAUGUGUUUCUCUUUAAUUAUUUGCAAUUUGUUUACUGCGGUUUCACAUGGAGACCACGUUGUUGAGAGUCUGAGCCAAUACCGAACUUCUCUCGUUUCCAUUGCUUUUGUUUUCAUUUGAUAACAGACCAUUUGAUAAAAGUGGGACCUAGUGGAUUGACAUUAUCCUCCACAGAGUGCAGAGGCUCCUAAACUUGAACACAACAUUUUACAUCAUACAGGUCUUGUUGAGACUUGUUUUGAGAUCAGGGAGUUGCCUGUGGCCUUUUUUGUGACAUUUUGGCUCAGAACUCUUUGUGGACUACUGGUACUACUGUGUCUGAAAGCUCACACAAUUGAAUAUCUUAAACAGGCAGUAAGAAUGCAAAGAGAACAUAACAUUCUCACUAUGUAUAGAAAAAAACAAAACAACAGUUCAUAUACUAUUGCAUACAAUAACUUACCUUUUUAUUUUAUAUUAAUUAUACUGUAAGUGUAUUACAAUCACUCUGUCAGCUUAAAUGAAGACUACUGCAUGAGCUUUCAGACACAGCUUUCCUCUGAUGCUGGUUGUUGAGUUAUAAUGUUAAAUUUGACACCUCACUAGUGAGAUCAGAUUAAUCCAAUGAUCUCCACUUGUGUAUUUUUAAGUAUUUUUGAAAUUUAUUCAGGCAACUAUUGUGCUCCCAUCCGUUUUUGUUGUUUUUUUUUUCCUUUUUUGGGACAUAACGUGUGUACUAUAUCUUAAUGCACUGUUUACUUAGUUCUCCUCAGUUUGUAUGUCUAUUUGUGAACUGCUAAGAUUGUAUAUCCCAAAGAUAUGUUCUGCCAGUAGAAUGUAAAUGCACCACUCCUUGUAUUGAGAAGUGGUAAAAACCAACCAAUGUGAUCACCAGAGCAGCUUCAUACUGACUCUGUCCUUCUAUCCUUAUUUCUCCCUGUCUCUCUCUCUGUACUGUCAUUUCCACCCAAACUACCGGUGGUGUUGAAACUGGUUAUUAAAUAAUCGUACGUGAUGGGCAGCUGUAGCCUGUUACUCCGGAAUGUGAGCUUUUGGUUAUAUUUUGUAUAUGACAUGAAUGUCAGUAAAUGUGUCUUUUCUGAGACGUGUAUCCUGACAAAAACUGCAGAGUAUGACUGGUCUUUCAAAUAAAUGUGUGAAGUGCUUGA